UUAAACCAAAAAUAAAAAACAAAAAAAAUAAAUAUUUAUCAGAUCUUCUGACUUGGCAGUGACGUGGCGCGUUGACCGUCCAAGUUAACGGUCAAACAUCGGGUUUGGCCAAAUUGUUUAUUUUAGUGUAUAGUUCAGGCCAGGAUGUUAUAGAUCGAAAAGAUUGGCCAAGAUGUUUAUUUUGGUCAAAGUUCAAGCAAUACGAAAAUAUUAACCCUAAAAUCAAUUUUACAAUAUCCAAAUAUUUGAGCCCUUUUUGUCAAUCUCUAAAUAUAAUCCUAAUUCGUAUCGUUUAGCUUUUAAUACGAGUUUCUACUUUCUAUGUUAACUCGAUUCGAAUAGAGUAGCGUUUAAUAUGCUUUAGCUAGCAGUAUUCAUCCAGCUGGGAAAAAAGUUUGGGCCAGGCUAUGGCCCAUUUCGGCCAUUAAUAGCUUUAGGUUUUCACUCCAAUCAAUCUCAUUCUUUCAAUGGGACAUAUCGUUUGAAAGUUGGCACCAUUCUCACACAACUUGAUGUAAUAAAUAUAUAUUGCUCAAAUUAAUCAAAUUAUACCUUUCCAACAGUGUUUGAGCUUGAUAUAAGCUAAUUUUGGAUUUUUAGUUAUCGAAUUAUUAUUCACAAAUAAUUUUGUACCUCAUAUUUUAUAUCGAUCACGUUAGGGAAAAAUAACACAUCAGUAAGAUGUCAUGGUAAUUUAUUGUGCCACAACAUAGUCAACUAAUUGAUUGAUGUACCAAUAACCAAAGACAAAAGCUACUUUCACAAGUGGUACCACGUGAACAAUUUCAUUGUUCCGAGUAAGGGUGUGAAAUCAGAAAUGGUCUAGUUCGUACCGGAUCACACCAGACGAAACCAAGGUUUAGAUUGGAUCAUAUCAGACCGAGUAUAAUGUGAUUCGGUCUUUGCUCCUCGUGAAUUUUACAAUUACGGAAGAAAUUAUCAAUCGAACUAGACCAAAUUGACCAAAUGAAAUGAUGGUCCGGUCAUUGCUUUUAAGAUGUCUUUUACUAAUGGAUCACGGUUCUCAUAAGUUUGGUUCGGUCCGGACCGGAUCGAACCGUUGUUGCGUGUAUAAAGAAGAACAGCAAGAAGCAGUUUAAUAUUUCAUCUGGGCCUGGCCCAAGUUAUGGAGGAUGAUCUGCUCAGUAACCGUCGGGCCGUUUGUCUUGUUCUAGAAAUCACCUUUAGCUCUUAAUGGUGCUGUAGCAAGCCUGCAAUUAAAUACGAAACCCCAGGUCGCCAAAAUGCAUAUAUUGGGCCGUCCGGCCCAAAGGUUAGAAAAUUUGCCGUUAGACAUACCGCCUUUUCCCACUUCCCCCAGUCUCGGCGUAUAUAUUCAAGAAAGGAGCCGUUGGAAGAAGAACAAAGGUCAUUUUUUCAGUUCUCCAAUAGUCUUCCCCCCGAUUUCUCAUUUCUCUCAAGAAAGCAACCAGAGUUCUCAGAGUCUCAAGCAGUUCCAGAAAGAUCAAUCGCACUUGUAUCCGUAAGUUUUCUUCUUCCUCUUUGAGAUUUCUGUUCGUUGCUGUCGCUGCUUUUAGGGAUUCGAGUUCUGGGGUCUCUAAGUUCAGGGAGUUAUAGUAGCAAAGUUUCUUUCCGCCUUGGAACCCACUUAGAGAAUCGAUUGAUUAGAUGAAUCUAUCGGAUAAUUAAAAAUUAACCCCAGUUCUCAGAGUUUCGAAGCAAGUUUCAGAAAAGGGUGAUCAAUCUCUGCAAGUCUCUUUCUUGUGAGAAACCCCCUGUAUUUCUUGCUGAUUUUAGGGAUUCAAGUUUUGGGUUCUUCUGGUUUUAGGGAUUCUAGUGUUGGGCUUUUCUGAUUUUAUGGUUCUGGUUUUGGGUUCUCCUGAUUAUGGGGAUUCGAGUUCUGGGUUCUUCUGAUUCUAUAGAUUCAAGGUUCAAGUUCUGGGUUCUUCUGAUUUUAGGGUUUUAACAUAGAUCGUGCCCACUUCGAAUCCUUUUAGAGUGUUUUGAUCCCUAUAUCCCUUGGAAGUACAAUUAACGGCGUUCCUUCACUGUGUUUGCAGGAAAAUUAAACAACCCUUCAGAAUCUUACGAAAAUGGCAUCAAGAGUUGGAGGUGGUGUUGCUCAGGUUCGCAAUGUUGACUACAAAGAUUGGCUGAAUACAGAUGUCUCCAAGCCAUCCAAGAAAGGAGGAGGGUUAGGUGGGAGGACACCGCUGGGUGAUUUGUCAAACGCAUUGAAGAACUCUUCUUCUCUGAACAAAACAUCCAAGAAACAGCAGCAUACUGGUUCAGGAAUUGCAGGAUUGAAUGGGGAAAAGAAGAGUUCUGCUUUCGGUGGAGGAGCCAAUGCUGCAAGUGGUAAAACGAGUGUUAAAGCUUCUGGGAAUAGGAAGGUCCUUUCUGAUAUCUCAAACUCGUCCAAUGUGCCAUCGGGAAGUGAUAUAUCGCAGAAGAAGCCGGCGAAGAACAGCAAGAGACUGAGUGUUGUGCAGGAGGAAGACCCAAUGCAUCCAUGUGCGUUCUCUGAGGAAGGGUUUCUGCACAAUCAUGAUGAAUGCAUCAAGGCUCAGAAUAGACAGAUGGAUUUGGAUGAGUUCUUGAAGAUCCUUGGUUUAGACAAAGAUUGUUCUGAGCACUUCGAGAACCGGCGAGCUCAAGUAGAGCCUGACAGUCCUAAGCUGCACUACGAGCUCAUGGAAGAAGAGGAAAGUUGGGACUUUGAGUUUCCCACAAUGCGCAAUCUCCAUUCUCCCCCCUGUUCGAGUCCAACAUCGCCCAAAUCCGAUUCAAGCUGGUUAGAUUGUGACCACGACUUCGUCAACUUCCAGCUGAUCGCUUCUCCUUAACUGCUGCUGAUCAAACUCAAGCAUAUUGGGAUCUAAUCUUCCUGAAGCAUUAGAUGUGAAUUUUGUUGUUGAAAACUACUGAAUGAUGCCAAUUCUGUUUGGCAUCUCUCUAGGUUCUCAUUGAUCAGUGUCUUUCGACUUUUGUUCAUUGAUCAAAUCGUGCUUAGCUGCUGAACUAAAGCUAGUAAUGUAGACCUCUUUCUUCUUUCUUCCAGUGUCAUUGACUAAAGCAUAAAUGUUGUC